CUGGAUGUGUUUGAUAAACCCACUGAUGGAACAUCGACAGACACACAAAGAUCUGCUCAUUCAUGAAUUUCGAAAAACAAACUCUGUGAUGGAAGAAAACUGAAGAAUGAAGUGAUAGCAGCCAUGAUGGCCCAGAAGAGAUGGAACUGUUUUGUCUUCUUUCUACUCCACAUAAAACAUGUAGUCUGGACACAGAGGUUUCAAAUUGUUUCACCUUCCUCAACUGUUCUUGUUCAUGCUGGUGAAGAUGUCAUCCUUCCUGCCUCACUCUCACCAGCUAUCAAUGCUCAGGGAUUUGAGGUCAGGUGGUUUCGAGAUAGCUUUAACUCUCCAGCACUUUUAUACCAGGAUUUCCAAAUUGUACCUGAACAUCAGAUUCACUCCUAUAAGGGAAGGACUACACUUUUCCCUGAAGAGCUCCUGAAUGGAAACAUAUCUCUGAGCCUCCAGGAUGUUCGUGUAUCUGAUGGUGGUCUCUACAGAUGUUUUGUGGACUCUGGACUAUGGCAUGAGGAGGCUGAUAUCACUCUUAAUGUUGAAGUUUUGGGUGGUCAGCCCUCCAUUUCCAUUGGCUCUACAGAGGACCAGCAGACCAGACUGGAGUGCAAGGUGGACAAGUGGGGCACCACACCAGACGUGACCUGGAGGGACAUGAAUGGAGUGGACGUGACAUCUGAGUCCAGUGUCACUGAAGAGCGAGACAAUGAGGGACUCCUCAGAGUCAGCAGCGUCAUCCCCAUCAAGCAGGAGUUCAACGUGUUCUCCUGUCUCAUGAGAAGUAAAGUGCCAAGGCCUGACUGGCAUUCAGGCCUUACGAUCUACAUUUUCUCCCCAGGAGUCCCUGGCUGGUCGGUGGUCUUCUGGUUAUCAUUGCUUCUGUAUGUGGCAGUGGCGGCUUUGCUGAUGUUUCAAUGGAGGAGAAUGAGAGCCAUGAAGGUCCAGAAGUGUUGGAGCUGCUUUGUGUUCAUUCUACUCUACAUGACACACACCACUUGGACACAGAAGUUUGAUGUCAUUGGACCUUCUACUGACAUUUUUGCUCUUCUUGGUGAAGAUGUCACCCUACCUGCCUCACUCUCACCACCUCUCAAUGCUCAGGGGUUUGAGGUGAUGUGGGUUCAAAAAGACUUGCAGUCUGUGGUACUUUUAUACCAGGACUUCCGAAUUAGAAAUGAAUAUCAGAUUCAGGCCUUUAAGGGGAGGACUUCACUUUUCCCGGAAGAACUCGUGAGUGGAAAUGUGUCUCUAAGACUCCAGGAUGUCCAUAUCUCUGAUGGUGGUCUCUACAGAUGUUUAGUGGCCUCUGGACAAUGGAAUGAGGAUGCUCACCUCACUCUGAAUGUUGAAGUUGUGGGCACUCAACCUUCCAUUUCCAUCAGCACUACAGAAGACCAGCAGACCAGACUGGAGUGCAGCUCUGAGAAGUGGAGCUCUCAACCUGAAGUGACCUGGAGAGACAUGAACGGAGUAGACGUGACCUCACAGUCCACCUUAACAGUACAACGGGAUGAUGAGGGUCUCCUCAGGGUCAACAGUGUUAUCCCCAUCAAGUGGGAGUUCAACGUGUUCUCCUGUCUGAUGAGAAGUAACACAACCAGACCGGCCUAUCAGUCCAAAAUGGGGGUGUACGUUUUCUCCCCAAACGUCUCUGGCUGGUCGGUGGUUUUCUGGUUAUCGAUGGCUCUUUGUGUCACAGCAGCUGUGCUGCUCAUAUUGAAAUGGCAAAGAAUGAGAGAUAAAAAAGCAACAUACAAGACCAAAGCAGUUGACAUUCUCCCUGUCUGGAACCUGCGCAAAGAAAUUGAGAUGGCACAGCAUCCAGCUUUGACUCUAACGUUUUCUAAAGUUAUUAAUGGAUUCUCACAUAAAGAUCUCCUCAAGAUCACGGAGUACUACAAGCCCCAGCUGGCCUACGUGAUGAACUUCGACAUCAGCAGCGUCCUGCAGCUCCUGGUCACCAAACGCAUCCUCACCAAUGAUGAGGCAAAGGUGGUCAAAGUCAAAACAGAGUCUGAGGGGACUCCAGGUGUGGAGUCCUUCAUUGGUGAGGUGAUGAAGAAGGAUAGAGCAAUGCUGGUCAGCCUGUGGGAGGCGCUGGCUGAAGAAUUUGUGAGAUGUCCGUCACCAAAUGUGAAAGGAAUCCUGGAUGAGGUGACCGAGUUGGGACCGGACCUUUUGAAGGAGAUCCAGGCCCGUGCCCAGUCACCUCCCCUUGAGCCUCAUAUUAAAGACCUCCAUGAGACACACAGAGUCACCAUGUCUGAAUCCACAAGACCUCUGGAUGAUCAGCGUCCAUCUGGAGAUCCACUCACUAGCGUGGUGGGCCUUGAGACUCAAUACACAGAGCUGAUGGUCAUCAAACAGGACAUUAAAGACAAACUGGCAAAGGAUGGGAAGACUCAGGAAAGACUUGAGGAAGAGGGAGCAACAAAGAACUGUGAGCGAAUCUGGACUGAGCAUCUGUUUAAGAGAAAACUUAAAAGUAAAACACCCUCUAAAAUUAUAGUGGUCAGUGGGGUGGCGGGCAUCGGGAAGACAACCAUGGUCCAGAAGAUCAUGUCUGACUGGGCUAGAGGCACUCAGUACCAGAGGUUUGCAUUUGUAUUCCUGUUUAAAUUCAGGGAGCUCUCCCUCCUGUACAACGAGACACAGAUGUCUCUGACCGCACUGAUUGUAAGGCACUAUAAACAUCUCACUCAUGACAAACUAAUAGAAAUCCUGCAGAAACCUGAAUCUCUGCUCUUCAUACUCGAUGGACUGGAGGAAUACAAACACAAACUGGACUUCACAGACACUCAGCUCUGCUCAAAGCCAGAUGAUGAGGUGCCUGUCCACAUCCUGGUCACCAGUCUGGUCAGUCAGACAUUACUGAAGGGCUGCUCAGUCCUGGUAACAAGCAGACCAACAGCUCUGGGGUCUCUGGACAUGGAGAGAGUUGAUGGAUUUGUAGAAGUUGUAGGAUUCUUCCCUGAACAAAGACUGAUGUACUUUAAGAAGUUCUUUGGGGACGCUGAUGUGGGCACCAAGGGUUUUCAGUGCAUGGAGGGUAACACCAUCUUGUACUCCAUGUGUGUCAGCCCCUCAAACUGCUGGAUUAUCUGCUCUGCACUGAAGAACCACUUCAUGACACCUGAAGAAGAGCGAGGAGCUGCCCCCAGAACUGUCACAGAGAUCUUUGUGAUGUUCCUUCACAACAUCCUGACCAACCAUAGGCGAGAAACAGAUGACCAAAGGAGCACUCUGAUCAGUCUGGGAAAGAUGGCUUAUUAUGGGGUGGACAACAGGACUCAUGUGUUUAAUGAGAAGCAUAAAAUGUCCGCCUUUGGUCUCCAGCCAGUCCUGUCCUCUUCAUUCCUCUCUGUCUUUCUGCACAGGCAAAGCACUCAGGAGCACACGACAUACACCUUCUACCAGUUCACCCUGCAGGAGUUCAUGGCCGCCUGCUCCUUCUCCCUCGAUCCAUCAGGGGGUGUCGAGGAGCUGCUGAAGAAGCGAGACUCAUGUAAAGGGGGCCGAUUUGAGAUUGUCACUCGAUUCCUGGCAGGACUGGCUUGGUGUCCUGUGCUUAAAAGAGUGGAGGGAAUCCUGGGGGAGUUUGAGGGGACGACCACACAGCGGAUACAGGAGUGGGUGAGGCAGAAAGCUAAACAGGCGCUACGAGGGUUAGAUCAAAGUGAAGCUCUGCGAGUUUGUCACUGGCUAUAUGAGACUCAGAAUGAGGAGGUGAUCAGAGACGCCACUGGGAAAGACUUAAAGAUGAACUUUAGCAGUAUGACUUUAUCUCCUCUGGACUGUGCUGUGCUGUCCUCUGUCAUCAGCUGCUGUGGAGAACUUCAGGAACUUAACCUGUCAGGCACACCUCUGACCCCCGAGUGCAUCAGAAGACUGGCAAAGGGGCUCAGCUGCUGCAGUGAAGUCAGGCUCAGGUCAUGUGGUCUCACUGCCAGAUGUUGCUCAGCUCUCUCCUCGGCUCUUUCUGCUUCAAACUCACAGCUGACUGAACUGAGGCUGAGUUACAACAACAACAUGGAGGACUCAGGAGUGGAGCAGCUGUGUGAGGGGCUCAGGAGUCCAAACUGUAAACUGGAGAAACUGGAGCUCUGGUCAUGUCGUCUCACCAUCAGAUGUUGCUCAGCUCUCUCCUCGGCUCUUUCUGCUCCAAACACACAGCUGACUGACCUGAGGCUGAGUUACAACAACAACAUGGAGGACUCAGGAGUGGAGCAGCUGUGUGAGGGGCUCAGGAGUCCAAAGUGUAAACUGAAGACACUGGGGUUGGCAUCUUGUGGUCUCACCUCGGCCUGCUGCUCAUCUCUCUCCUCGGUCCUCUCGUCUCCAAACUCACGGCUGACUUCACUGGUGAUGCACAACAACAACCUGGGAGAUUCAGGGGUUCGUCAGCUGAGUGAGGGGCUCAGGAGUGACAACUGUAAAUUAAAAGGACUGUGGUUGGUCACUUGUGGUCUCACCUCAGCCUGCUGCUCAGCUCUCUCCUCGGUCCUCUCGUCUCCAAACUCACAGCUGACAUAUCUGAACCUGAGCAACAACAAGCUGGGACAUUCAGGGGCUCGUCAGCUGAGUGAGGGGCUCAGGAGUGACAACUGUAAAUUAGAGGCACUGCUGUUGGACUCUUGUGGUCUCACCUCGGCCUGCUGCUCAGCUCUCUCCUCGGUCCUCUCGUCUCCAAACUCACAGCUGACUGAACUGGACCUGGACUUCAACAAGCUGGGAGAUUCAGGGGCUCGUCAGCUGAGUGAGGGGCUCAGGAGUGACAACUGUAAAUUAGUGACACUGGGGUUGUACUCUUGUGGUCUCACCUCGGCCUGCUGCUCAGCUCUCUCCUCGGUCCUCUCAUCUCCAAACUCACGGCUGACUGAACUGAGUCUGAGGAACAACAACAACCUGGGAGAUUCAGGGGCUCAUCAGCUGAGUGAGGGGCUCAGGAGUGACAACUGUAAAUUAGAGAAACUGGGGUUGGGGUCUUGUGGUCUCACCUCGGCCUGCUGCUCAGCUCUCUCCUCGGUCCUCUCGUCUCCAAACUCACAGCUGACUUUACUGGUGCUGAACAACAACAACCUGGGAGAUUCAGGGGCUCGUCAGCUGAGUGAGGGGCUCAGGAGUGACAACUGUAAAUUAGAGAAACUGUGGUUGUGGUCUUGUGGUCUCACCUCGGCCUGCUGCUCAGCUCUCUCCUCGGUCCUCUCGUCUCCAAACUCACGGCUGACUGUACUGGACCUGAACAACAACAACCUGGGAGAUUCAGGGGCUCGUCAGCUGAGUGAGGGGCUCAGGAGUGACAACUGUAAAUUAGAGGCACUGAGGUUGGGGUCUUGUGGUCUCACCUCGGCCUGCUGCUCAGCUCUCUCCUCGGUCCUCUCAUCUCCAAACUCACGGCUGACAUAUCUGGACCUCGAAGACAACAACCUGGGAGAUUCAGGGGCUCGUCAGCUGAGUGAGGGGCUCAGGAGUGACAACUGUAAAUUAGAGACACUGAGGUUGUUGUCUUGUGGUCUCACCUCGGCCUGCUGCUCAGCUCUCUCCUCGGUCCUCUCAUCUCCAAACUCACGGCUGACAUAUCUGGACCUCGAAGACAACAACCUGGGAGAUUCAGGGGCUCGUCAGCUGAGUGAGGGGCUCAGGAGUGACAACUGUAAAUUAGAGAAACUGGGGUUGUUGUCUUGUGGUCUCACCUCGGCCUGCUGCUCAGCUCUCUCCUCGGUCCUCUCAUCUCCAAACUCACGGCUGACAUAUCUGGACCUCGAAGACAACAACCUGGGAGAUUCAGGGGCUCGUCAGCUGAGUGAGGGGCUCAGGAGUGACAACUGUAAAUUAGUGACACUGAGGUUGGUCUCUUGUGGUCUCACCUCGGCCUGCUGCUCAGCUCUCUCCUCGGUCCUCUCAUCUCCAAACUCACGGCUGACAUAUCUGGACCUCGAAGACAACAACCUGGGAGAUUCAGGGGCUCGUCAGCUGAGUGAGGGGCUCAGGAGUGACAACUGUAAAUUAGAGACACUGGGGUUGGGGUCUUGUGGUCUCACCUCGGCCUGCUGCUCAGCUCUCUCCUCGGUCCUCUCGUCUCCAAACUCACAGCUGACUGAACUGGGGAUGAACAACAACAACCUGGGAGAUUCAGGGGCUCAUCAGCUGAGUGAGGGGCUCAGGAGUGACAACUGUAAAUUAGAGACACUGGCGUUGGACUCUUGUGGUCUCACCUCGGCCUGCUGCUCAGCUCUCUCCUCGGUCCUCUCGUCUCCAAACUCACGGCUGACUGAACUGGCGCUGAACGACAACAACCUGGGAGAUUCAGAGGCUCGUCAGCUGUGUGAGAGUCUCAGGAGUGACAACUGUAAAUUAGAGACACUGUGGAUGGACUCUUGUGGUCUCACCUCGGCCUGCUGCUCAGCUCUCUCCUCGGUCCUCUCGUCUCCAAACUCACGGCUGACUGAACUGAAAUUGAACAACAACAAGCUGGGAGAUUCAGGGGCUCGUCAGCUGAGUGAGGGUCUCAGGAGUGACAACUGUAAAUUAAAGACACUGAAGUUGCGGUAUUGUGGUCUCACCUCGGCCUGCUGCUCAGCUCUGUCCUCGGUCCUCUCGUCUCCAAACUCACGGCUGAAUGUACUGUACCUGACCAACAACAACCUGGGAGAUUCAGGGGCUCAUCAGCUGAGUGAGGGGCUCAGGAGUGACAACUGUAAAUUAAAGAAACUGUGGUUGUGGGAUUGUGGUCUCACCUCGGCCUGCUGCUCAGCUCUCUCCUCGGUCCUCUCGUCUCCAAACUCACGGCUGACUGCACUGGUGCUGAACGACAACAACAACCUGGGAGAUUCAGGGGUUCGUCAGCUGAGUGAGGGGCUCAGGAGUGACAACUGUAAAUUAGUGACACUGAGGUUGUUCUCUUGUGGUCUCAGCUCGGCCUGCUGCUCAGCUCUCUCCUCGGUCCUCUCGUCUCCAAACUCACGGCUGACUGUAUUGAGUCUGAACAACAACAAGCUGGGAGAUUCAGGGGCUCAUGAGCUGAGUGAGGGGCUCAGGAGUGACAACUGUAAAUUAAAAGGACUGUGGCUAAUGGACAAUGGGAUCAGUGAGAGUGAGGAGAGGAACCUGAGGUCAGUAGAGGAGGAGCUGAGGGGGUUUGGACGUCAGCUGACUAUCUACACAUGAGAAGACCAGCAGUGAUGAUCAGACAGACCCCUGUCAGUGACGGAGCCCCCCGUCCACUCUCCCCUAAAUUCUCCUCUUUCCUCUUUUUCUUCUCCUCUCAGCUCUGCUCCUCAUUUAAUAAACUCUCCAUGUCCCCUCAGCCUGUGUGCUCCUCCUUUAAUGUCACUUUUAUUUUUAACACCUUGAGACCCUCAACUGGUGACAAAACUCAACCAGACUUGGACCUGCAGACCCCCGAGUUUCACCUCUAGAGACAGUAAAGCAGUGGGGGUCAUCCUGUAAAAAGUCCCCCAAGUCGCUUGUCCCACCGAGGAGCAAAGAGAGGUGGACAGUCCAGCUGUGGGGUGACAGGGAGCCUGAGGCUGUAGUGACACUGGGGACGAGGCUGGGACAAACCCUGGACAGGACGCUGGUCCAUCACAGGACGCCAUCAGCGCUCAUCUCCAUCGUCACUCGGUGUCAUUUGAACCCGUGUCUGCUCCGUGUCCCCCAAGUCCUGUCUGCCACCUGCUGAUUGUCCUUCAGUGACACUUUAACUCCCACGAGGCUCAGUUUUGCUUUUGAUUUUCUUUUUUAUUCCGUCGUCUCCACUUCACCGUCCCCUCCAGUCGUGUCCUCGUAGUGAGCAGCAGCCUGAACAAGUGAGCCAUUAAAAAGAAAUAAAAGAAAAGACGAGGAGAACAUGGAGGAGUGUGGAGAUGGGAUGGACUGGCGCCGUCCAGGGUGGGGUCCUGACUUGAUGUGGACAGACGGCUACUGAGUGACCACCACCUGAACUGGACUGAGGGGGCUUAGAAAAUAGAUGGACAGACAGAGGGGAAUAAACUUAAUGGGAAUUAAGAAAGAAACUGAAAAAUUAAAUAAGAGUGGGAGUGGGAUGAGGGUCUAACGGAAACAAGUGGGGGACCCCAGCCUGAGGGUGGGCUUCUAUAGGACAGCUGGGUAAUAAAAAGAGGAACAGGGACAAGAGUGGGAGAGAAGAAAACAAACAGAGAGACGAACAAGGGGGGCAAAGAGGAGAGAAUUAGAAAGUGAUGGACAGUCAGUGACACGAGGGGGACGAGGACAGACGAGGAUGAGGAGGAGGAGAGGAAGAGUCAAGUCGAGUCAAUUUUAUUUAAAGAGCUCAUUUAAUAACAUCAGGGGUCCACCAAAGUGCUGCACAGCUUCACCAUAAAUACCCCAAAUACACACAGUAGACACAGUAAAGAAAUACUGAUGGACAAGUUUAGAAAGCCAAGUCAGAAAGGUGGGCUUUAGGUGGGAUUUAAAAGUGACCAGAGUUGGUGCUGACCUCCUAGAUAAAGGUUGACUGCUCCAAAGCUGAGGGACAGCUACUGCAAACACACUGCCCCUCUAAGCUUAAAUCGAGAACUCAGCAUGACCAAUAAGUUCUGGUCAGCGGACCCCCGUAACCAUGAAGGAGAGUGUGGGUGUAAGGGGUCAGUGAGAUAAGAGGGAGCUAAACCAUUUAGGGUCUUAAACACCAAUAAAACUCAAUCCUGCAGCGCACAGGAUACCAGUGUAGAGACACUAAGACUGGGGUGGUGGGAUUGUGUUUGGUGUUCCUGUUAGACACCUGGCAGCAGCGUUCUGGAUGAGCUGAAGAUGAGACAAGCGAUGGCUGAUUAACUCCGAGGUGUGAUGAGGUACAACAGUCAAGAUGAGACGAGACAAAUGUGUGAAUUGGUGUUUACAAUCAUCUACAGAGAGACAGACAGAAAGAAAG